AUGGGCUUCAGGCGUCAGUCUUCAAUGUUGACCAGACAUGACACGGACACAUGUAUGUGGCUACUGCCCGCUAACUUGGAAGGGAAUACUUGUAUACUUGUCGAUCGCGGUGUCCGAAACAUUUGGCUGUUGAGCCUGCUGCGGCGCACCGAUUACGCACUCAGGAACAUGCACAACCAGAUCUCUUCAAAUGUUCUGUUACCAUUGAAGUCUCCAGUGCUCCGUCGACAUGGACUGGUCUGCCGUAUUCGUGCCGGGUGGGGGGAUUGCGAAGCCCUGUGGGACGUCAACUUUCGGCACUAG